GGGUGGGUGAGUGGUGGUGGUGGAGGAGGUCUGGAGGAUAUUGUUGUGCGUGCGCGCGGCGUGCGUGGUGGCACCACCGGCGAGGGGUGUUCACAAGCGAGCACGCCACGGAUUCUCCUCGCGUGAACCCUCUUGGCCGAGGGCUGCUGUGAUCCAAGAGCGGCGGACGGACGUGGUGAACUCACUCGCGUGAGGUCAGCUCGAUUUCUCUGCGAUUCCCCACCAAAUUCGGCCGCCGCUCGCGAGGAAUCUCCAAUGCGUCUUCUAACGGCCGAGUUGAACACGGACGGCCUUGAGAACAGGACAAGGAGUGCGGGGUCAUGGAGGGGAGAUACAGCAGAGCGCUCAACGGGAAGGCACCCGCUCCCAGGUCGGCUAUGGCUGACGGGAAAGUGGGCCCGUUCUUGGCAGUUGUGGCCAACGGAGACGCCUUGGCGCAACGGAACGCGAUCCCCAGGGGUGCAGGCAGUUCGGGGAGCUCAGUGGGCGAGCAGCAGCAGCAGCUGCAGCAGCAGCAGCUGGCGGUGGUGAGCGCCACGCGAGAGGUGUCGAGCCGAGCCGGCGAGGAGGCGGUGCUCGAGUGUUCCCUGCUGGGGCCGCCCGACAUGGACGUGGACUGGUGGCGCUCGGGCCGCCUGGUGCAGCCGGCGCUGCUCGGCUGCCGCAUGCGCUCCGACGGCCGCAAGGCGCGCCUCGUGUUCCCGGCGGCGCACGAGGAGGACAGCGGAUUCUACACGUGCCGACUCAGCACCGCCAAAGAGGAGCAGACCUGCUCCAUCCGCCUCGUGGUGAGGCCCUCGCUGCUGCCCAUCUUCACGCGCAAGCCCGAGAGCCUCGACGUGGCGGACGGGCGCCCCGUGCGCCUCGACUGCCGCGUGAGCGGGACCCCGGCUCCAACCGUCACUUGGUUCCGAGACGGCCGGCCAGUGCAGAGCGGCGAGAGGCGGCGCGUGUCAGCGGAGAAGGGGCUGCACUGCCUCUCGGUGCCGCACGCCUCCGCCGAGGACGAGGGCGAGUACACGGUGACGGCGGCGAACACCCACGGCGAGGUCAGCUGCUCCUGCACGCUCAUCGUCAGCGAGCCACGGGCCCCGCACGCCUCCAACAUAUCCAAGCGCGACAUGAUGCCCUCCAUCGCCGAAGAGCCCGAGCUGGGCGAGGCGGAGAGGGACGGCGACGUAGAGUCUCACCGGGACGGGCCUCGAGACUCAGCCACGGCCCGAGGUCACUCCGCGGGCGUCUGGCACCGCCCAGGUCCGGCAAGGGGGCCGCUCGAGACGCCCGGUCGGCAGGGGUCCCGCGCCCCUCGACCCCCUCCGGUCCUCUCCUCCAGCGACCCUAAGGCCGCCCCGGACUUCUCGCAGCCACUGUGCGACGUGGCGGUGCAGGAGGGAAGCUGCGCCGUGCUCGAGUGCCGGGGCCAGGCGCGCAUCCCUCCCCAGGUGUCCUGGCUCCGGCAGGGCGAGCCGGUCCCGCUGGGCGGCAGGGUCACGUCCAAAGAGGAGAAUGGCACGUUCAAGCUCAUCAUUCAGUCCGCAAAGCUGGCUGACGCCGGCGUUUACAAGUGUAUUCUGUCAAACUCCGCGGGGAGGGCCUUCUGUCACGCUCAUUUGCACGUCGUGGACGCCACCCCCGGGCCUCCGGAUGGACCCCCGAUUGUCACAGAUGUGACUGCCGACUCCGUGACGCUGUCGUGGAAACCUCCCAAGGCCUUCCAGGCUUUCUCAGAGCCGGGCUCCGUGACGUACGCGCUGCAGUACCAGGUGGUUGGCCGCAGCCAGUGGAUCGUCGUGGCGUCCAACGUUCCGGGCACGAGCCACGCGGUGCGCACGCUGCGCCCGGGACUGCACUACCUCUUCCGCGCGCUCACCGUGAGCCCGCACGGCUGCAGCCGCCCCUCGCCCGCCUCGGCGCCCACCUGCCUCUUGCCCCACGAGCCCUUUCUCAAUGAGCCUCCUCGCUUUGUCAAGAAGUAUGAAGAGAUUUUUGCGGUGGAAAAUGAGCCCCUGGAGAUAACGUGCAGAUUGAACCAUGUGCAGGCGACCGUGUCAUGGACAAGGAACGGCAUCCCUGUGGACGAGAGUUCGGGCGAGGUGCGCCUGAGCUCUCGGCCCGGGGGCACGUGGGCGCUGGAGAUGCCGCGUGCUCGCGCCAAGCUGCUGGGGGAGCUGGUGUGCACGGCGCGUGGCGAGUUCGGAUCCGACUCCUACACGGCCGUGGUCUCGCAGGCCGAGGCCCCGCACUUCGAGGUGAUCAUGGAGGACGUGGAAGUGCAGGAAGGAGACUCGGUCCGCCUCUCCGUGGUGGUGCACGGCCGCCCCGAGCCCGACGUGCUGUGGUACAAGGACGGCGCUCGGCUGGCGGAGGCAGGCGGGCUUGCGUCGGUGACGCGGAGCGGCUCCGCGUGCUCUCUGCUGCUGCGCGACGUGCGUGGCUCGGACCGCGGGCUCUACGCGUGCGAGGCGCGAUCCCGGGCCGGCACGGCACGCUGCAUGGCCGAGCUGAGCGUGCGCAUGGAAAAAUCUGAGGCCCGACAGCAAGAGAUGCCAGAACAAGAAGUACGAAAACUGAAAGACCACUAUGAGAUACUUGAAGAGAUCGGGAGGGGAGCCUUCGGCUCAGUGCGCCGCGUGCGUGCGCUUAGCGGCGGGGGGUCUCCCUGCGCCGCCAAGUCACUGCCCCGGGGUCGCGCGCGGCGCGAGGCCGCGGAGCGCGAGCUGCGCGUGUCGGCACGGCUCGCGCACGAGCGCGUCGUGUGCCUGCACGACGCCUUCCGCUCGCGGCGCCGCGUCAUCAUCGUCAUGGAGCUGUGUUCGAAUGAGGAGCUGUUGGACAGGCUGGUGAAGAAGCCAGCGCUGUCUGAACAUCAGGUGAAGAUGUACAUCAAGCAGAUCCUGGAGGGCAUCAGCUAUCUGCACUCUAUCAACAUACUCCACCUCGACAUCGAGCCGUCCAACAUCCUGAUGGCCGAUACUGGCAAGGACGACAUCAAGAUAAGCGACUUUGGCUUCGCCCAGGAGGUGGUGCCUGGCUCCCCGCAGUACAGCGAGUUCGGAACGCCUGAGUUCGUGUCCCCAGAGGUGGCGCGCCACAGCCCCGUGUACAAGGCCUCCGACAUCUGGCCUGUAGGUGUCAUUACGUACGUGUGCCUCAGCGGACUCUCUCCGUUCCUGGGCGAGAACGACCGAGCGACGUUGCUCAACGUGACGCGCAAGACGCUGAACUUCGACGAGCGCACGGCGGCGAUCACGAGCCGCGAGGCGCAGGACUUCAUCUCCAGAGUGCUCGUGCAGGACAUCGGGCGGAGGCCACUGGCUGACGAUUGCCUCAAGCACCCGUGGUUCAAGAGCUUCACGACUUUACGAGGAGUCACAAACAUCAGCACGGAUCGACUCAAAUUCUUCCUGUCCCGCCGAAGGCUGCAGCGCUCCCUGGUGCGCUACAAGUCGGCCGUGGUGCUGCGCUCCAUCCCCGAGAUGCUGUCGGGCCACGUCGCCCCGCGCGUCUCCCGCCGCACGGCCAAGCAACUUCGAGACGCCGCUGCUUCCUCCUCCUUCUCCUCCUCCUCGUCUUCCUCGUCCGGAGAGGAAGACCCAGGUGGUUCCGAAAGCUCGAAUGGAUUAGGUUUGAACGCACUGCGUCCAGCUUUUUCGGCUCGGAGCCAGGACGAUAGUAGGGGCUCCUCCGCUCGGGAGACCUUGGGCUCCGACAAGGAGCCCGCGGUGCUCGGCCGACUCGGGGUGGUGGCGCAACGAAACGGGGAGUGCGGCAGCAAGGAAGCGGCGAUGGAAUGGGGACUGCAGUCGUUUUCGGAGCGCACAGCGGCUCAGAGAGGCGUGAUCCAAAGGACCAACUCGGCCGACGCAGCCUUUCAGGAUGGCCGGGCUUCUGCCUCACAGUACCUGAAGCCGCACCUGAGCAAGUCGGCAUCCUUGGAGCUCCCACCAAGAAGCCGGAGCCCUGGUUUGACGCUUCAAGGCCCUCCCUCUGAGAGCUCCACGGAAAGCAGGGGGCCGCUGGAACUGGUGAAAGAUCGACCCUCGACGUUCCUGGCGGAGAGUCCGCUGGUGGCGCCGAGGAGGUCCUUCGUGAGGGAGGUUCACCAGCGCAGCUCGAGUGACCCUGCCGGGAGCACACGACUUGAACGGGGAGCGUCCUCCUCUGAGGACAUCGCAUCGGGCAGGAAACCGGAGGUGUUCCGGUCGUCUGGCAGUAUCCCAGUCGGCAGGGAGCCUGCGCUGAGAAGGCAGCUCGCGUUAGAGCAACGAGGGCAGUCCUCAGCCACGCCAACCGCAUUGGACGCGAUGCUGCGAAAUCAGCAGGGGGGAAGCGCGCUCGAUGAAGACUCGAGGAAAACAACGGUGGUGGCGACGGACAAUGAAAGGUGCCUACGGCAGCAAAAGGCCGAGCCCACCAUCACGCAGAGCUCGCAAAGCUCAGUCGCUCAGAAUGGCAGAAGCCAGCAGCUGCAGACGGCAGCAGCGACAAGGCUGCCGCAGUUCACGGGAAAAACCCCGGAGCCCGGGGGCUUGGUCGUGCCGAAACCUCAAGCGACAGAGGCGCGGACAUCACAGGCAGCGGAUAACGGUGCUCCCUGGGUGACGAGGACCACGGGUGGAGGAGAGGUCGAGUCGACAAAUACGAAUCCACUUCUAAACGGAUCAAAGCCUCAGACGGUCGGGCGUUACGCUCACCUGCUCAACGCAGCGUCGACCGAUGGCAGUGUGAGGGAAAUGGCGAAACGCUUCUCAAACAACGGCAGCACGACGAGGCCACAGCUCGCGCCGAGAGACGAGGGGCUGGGGCAAAGACCCGGGAAUGUGCGCGCCGGAUCGCUGAGUACGCCAAAGCAAUCCGUGUCUCAGACUAAGGCGGAACUUCUGGUGGCAGAGGCUCCAGUGACCCAGGUGCUCUACCGGCAGCUCCAGCAGAGCUCUCCCGACGGGUCCAUGCUCAGCAACGCGGCAUCUCGAGAAGGGGACAGGAGCAUCUCUGACACGGCGAUGGCGAGCAAAGAGCAGCUGACGAGGACUCGGGAACCCGCAGAGGAGCCCGGAAGCCUCGUGAAGCGACUGUCGCAGCGGUUCAAGAGGUCCCCGUCGACCGAGCGAAAGUCCACAGAGGGCACAGAGUCGAGAGAAAGUGAGGGCAGGAGCAAGACCCCCACCAUGAUGCAGAAGUUUUCCUCGAGACUCAAACGGAUCGGCUCCACUGAGAAGAUCGAGUCAGAGCACAAGCUUGGGGAGGCCCCGGCCACCGAGGGGCAGCAGGCGGCCAGGGACCGGGACGAGGGGCGGGACGCGGCAGCGGCGGCGGAGGGCAGCGACGGCCCGAUGGGUCGCACAUCGUCACCGGCGAUGGCCCUGCGAAGGAGGAUCGAGGCGACGGUGUCCGGCCUGUCCCUGCGCUCGGGACGCAGCCGCUCCGAGGACCGGGCGGGCGGCGGCGACGCGCAAGCCGCGCGGCGCAGGGCGUUUGGCGAGACGCGCGCGGGCAGCCUCGACGCGGCCACGGACGACGCGGACGAGCCGACGGGCCCGGGGCGCGCCGCUUCGGAGUGGACGCCCCUGCGCAGGACGGGGUCGGAGGGCGCAUCCCUGCGCGAGCUGUCCGGGGACGAGGGCAUGCGAACGUUGUCGCGCGGCGUCAAGCCGCCCCCGUCCCCCUCCAGCAGUUCCAUGCGGUCGGUGACCAGCGCCAGCACGGAUACUGAGGAGCCGGAGCGGCGCUCUCGCUGGGACCGCUGGGGCGCGAGCCGGCUGAACCGGCGCGACCGGAGCCUCUCGCCGCAUCAAGACUCGGGCAGCAGCUCGCGUGACAGCCUCGCCUCCGUGUCCCGGGAGAACCCGGCGCCUGCCGCGCGGCUCUCCGGCUUCAAGGAGUCCGUGCGGCGAUCGCUGCGCUCCUCCGAGAGCCUGCCGGCGUUCACCGUGAAGCUCAAGGACGAGCUGCUGGUGGAGGGGGAGCCUGUGACUCUGUGCUGCAGCCCGGCCGGGAGUCCUGCCCCCACCAUCUCGUGGCUCAAGGACAGGAAGCUGCUGGAGCCGGAUGAGCGCGUGCGGCUGGCCGGGUCGGCGGACGGGCGGCAGCUGCUCACGAUCGUGCGGGCUGGCAUGGCCGACGCGGGAGUCUACGAGUGCAUGGCCGUCAACUCCCUCGGCAUCGCCACCACCUCCUGCACUCUCGCUCGUGCCGAGCCCCCAAGCUGGACGGGGGCGGCCCCCGAGGUGCCGCAGGUGUUUGAGAGCGGCGCCCUCGUGGUGUGGAAGCCAAUGCAGGCGCGCACGCCGCUCACGUACUGCCUCGAGAUGCAAGCCGGCCCAGGGGAGCCUUGGCAGGAGGUGGCGAGCGGCCUCUCGGACACGUACCACCACGUGGGUGGCCUGUGCCAGGGCCUCGCCUACCGCUUCAGGGUGUCGUGCGCCACGCGCGUUGGCAAGGGCCGCGGCAGCCCCGCUUCGGAGCCCGCGCUCAUCCCUGGAGGUCGCGCUUUGGGAGUGACGGCGAGAGGCCACCCGCAGGCUCCUUACACCUUCCUGGAGGAGAAGGCCAGGGGCCGGUUCGGCGUGAUCCGGGUGUGCCGCGAGAACGCCACGGGCCGCGCGUUCGCAGCCAAGGUGCUGGCCGCGGCGGACGAGGAGAGCCGAGCCUUGGCGCGCGCCGAAUUCGAUGCCCUGCGCUCGCUGAGCCACGAGCACGUGCUGGCCGUGCACGAGGCGUUCGUCACGCCGCGCCACGUCGUGCUCGUCACCGAGCUCGUCGGCGGCAGCGAGCUGCUGCAGCACCUGUGCGAGAGGGUUGCGUACUCCGAGGAGGACCUGGUGCUGCUGCUGCGCCAGCUGGCACGCGCGCUGGAGCACGUGCACGGGCGCGGCCUGCUGCACUUGGACGUGUGCCCCGCCAACGUCGUCGUGAGCCCCACGCGCAUCCUCAAACUCAUCGACUUCGGCAGCACACGGAAAGUCGCCGCACUGGGGACAGGGGGCAACAGCGGGAGCAGCGGCACCCUGGAGUACAGCGCCCCGGAGGUGAUAAAGGGAGGAGCGUUCAGCACCCCUGCGGAUAUUUGGGGUCUGGGCGUCAUCACAUUUAUCGUACUCAGCGGCGGGCAUCCGUUCCUGGCGCCGAACGUCGAGCAGACGUGCGCCAACAUCCGCAGGGCAGAGGUCAACUUCGGCAGCUGCUACUCGAAGGUGUCGAGGAACGCGGUGCUCUUCCUCAAGAACAUACUCCUCCUAAACCCCGUGAGCCGCCCCACCUCGCCCGAGUGCCUGGCAGCGCCGUGGCUGCAGGAUGACCCCGUGAGUCGCUCGCGUCGCUCCUCGUUGCUCUUCCCGUCCCGGGCGCUCCGCACCUUCAUUCGUGCGGAGGAGGAGCGGCGGCGACGUGUCGCCACGCGGCAGAAUGUGGGGCCCACGGCGGCUCAGGGCCACAGGAAGGAGCUACAGAACCAAGACCAGGACCUGUAGGGCACGUCUAGGGAUCUCCAGAGUCUAUAGCAGGAUCUCUAAUGCCAUAAACCAGGACAUCCAGAAUCUGGACCAGGAUCUCGAGAGUCUAUGACCUCUAGAGCAGAGACUGGGAUCUCUAGUGCCUCGACCAAGACUUACAGAUCAUAGACCAGUACCUCUAGAACAUAGACGAAGACCGCUAGAGUCUAGCCCAACAAUUCUAAAGCCUUAACCAGGACCUCUGGAGUCUCGACUCGAGUGCUGGAUGAAGGAACUCUGCGUGGCACGGGUUGCACGGUGUGGUUGUGGGGGAGCUGUGCAGCGCCGCUGGGGAGCUUGAUCGGCAGGGAUCGCCCCCUUUGCCCUCGCAGUGACACCCCCCCCCCUCCCCGCACCGUGCCCCAAAGCGCGCCUUAAUGUGGGGCCGCCCGUAGAGGGGGGACCUCCUUUCAGCAUCAGCCCUGCAGCACAAACCGCAUACUGUCGUGAAUAGCAGUCAAGUAAGGGGCCAUCCAUUCAGUACGUACGCAUGGAGGGGGGUUAACCCAAAUGCGUACGCUUGCGUAGGGGGGGUCUACUCACAAUGUGCGUACGCAUACGAAACGGGGGGGGGGGGGUGAAGCCUCGAUAAUAAUUUGUCUACAUUGGCCUUCAAAUGAGUUAGAUAGUCCGGCGGUGGACUAUCUGUUUGCUUAAACACGUUAAUAUUAUUAAUCCUUGAUCGUUUCUGCGUGGAUUAAAUAUCGGCCGUUCUAUAGGAUUCGGGUGGGGGGGGGGGUGUUAAGCGUACGUAAGCAGGUGGGGGGGGGGUGUGUAAAAAGUCCGCGUGCGUACAGCGAAGGGGCGAGGGGUCAAGUUUUGGCAGAUUUUUGCGUACCUAUUCAAUGGAUGGCCCACAACGAUUCACCAACCCCCCCAUC